AUUUCCGUCGUAACCUGUCCGUCCACCGCUAUCUGAAGCAGCGUACUUUAGAGUUCAUGCGCUGACUUUCGUGACGUCUCGACUGGCACGACCAGCGGAUUUCAAGGGCUGGAACACCCGUUUUCCCAACCGAAAGACCCAGCAACACCGCCAAGAUGUUGAAUAUGUGGAAAGUGAGGGAGCUGGUUGAUAAAGCAACCAAUGUUGUGAUGAACUAUACAGAAACUGAGUCUAAAGUUCGCGAAGCCACCAAUGAUGACCCGUGGGGACCGUCUGGACAGUUAAUGGGUGAAAUCGCCAGGGACACAUUUAUGUAUGAGCAUUUUCCAGAGGUAAUGAACAUGCUGUGGAAUAGAAUGCUGAAAGACAACAAGAAAAACUGGAGGAGAGUUUAUAAGUCUUUACUGCUGCUGGCGUACCUGAUCAGAAAUGGUUCUGAACGGGUUAUCACCAGUGCAAGAGAGCACUUGUUUGACUUGCGUUCAAUUGAUAGCUAUCAUUAUGUAGAUGAGAAUGGCAAGGACCAGGGUGUCAAUGUGCGUCAGAAAGUGAAGGAGCUGAUAGAGUUUGUCCAGGAUGAUGACCGAUUGAGAGAGGAGAGGAAAAAGGCCAAGAAAAACAGGGACAAGUAUAUAGGCGUAUCCUCUGACAGUAUGUCAGGCUUCAGAUACUCGGAGGACCGGUUUGAUAGUAGAGAUUCACACUCAAAAUGGGAUGAAGACUGGGGUAAGGGGGCUUUCCCUUUCAGUGAGAAACUGGGAGAGAUCAGCGAUAAGAUCGGAAGCACUAUUGAUGACACCAUUAACAUGUUCCGCAGAAAAGACCGGGACGAUUCGCCUGACAGAUUCAGUGAAGGAGAUGAGGACCGUCGGGGAACGCGAAACGGGCAGUCAGGGAAAUCAGAAUUUAAAGAUGAUGCAGAGACAGUGAAAACCAAAAGUGUCCAGAUCGUCCAGGCCGCAGAGACCACUGCCACUCGUAAGAGAGGAGGCAUUCCCUCCAAAGCGAUAAGUCUGGGAGCAGCUGCAAAUUACACUGGCGAUAAACCCUGCAGCAAUACAAACAAAAGCCAGACCACAUCAGCAGUGAGCCAGCACAGUUCUGGUUUGGUGGACUUGUUCUCGGCAGAUCCUGCGCCUGCUCAACCAGCUUCCCAAGUUUCAAGCUCUGACCUGAUUGGAGGUUUUGCCGAUUUCUCUUCUCCUGCAGCUGCAGUCAGUCUUCCAUCAUCAGCUGCCCCAGCAUCCAGUGGGAAUGGAGACUUUGGUGAUUGGAACACUUUUUCUGCAGCCCAGCCAGCCGUCCCUGCAGCUCAGCCUGUAAACCCUGCAGGAAUAGACCUUUUCUCAGGUCUGCAGGUGGCCCCUGCUCCUGCCCCUACAUCCACAGCACCCUCAUCUGACCUCUUUGACCUACUGGGCUCAUCUCAGACCACUAACUUCAGCACCUCCCAAAGCAUGAACUUCUCCAUGACCUCCUCUCAGACCACUGGCAUGCCAUCGUCCAAAUCACAGCCCCUUCAGUCAAUGGGGAGUUCACUGAUGCCCCAGCAACCGCAGAACCCCAAUACCAAAGCCUCUUUGCCGUCCACCUGGUCCAACUCUAAUGUAGACAUAAGUCUGGACUACCUUAGUCCUGGCAUGCAGGCACCCAAACCUUCUCAACCCACACUCAACAUGAUGCAGCAAGGAGUUCAGACUCCUGUGAAUGUGAUGACUCAGGGCUUUGUUGGAAUGAACCUGGGCAUGCAGGCUACCCCUACAAUGGUCAGACCGCCCAGCAACACCAUGAUGGGAGGAAUGAACAUGGGCAUGCUGCCUGGCAUGACAGGUAGCGCCAUGCCCAUGCCAACCAUGGGAGGGAUGCCAGUCAAUCAGGGCAUGAUGGGAAUGAAUAUGAACAUGGGCAUGUCUACAGCUCAGAUGGGGAUGACAGGAAGCAUGGGCAUGGGUUCGGGAAUGCCAGUUAUGGGGAUGAGCCCUACCAUGGGACAGCCUAAACAAGAUGCCUUUGCAGAUUUUGCCAACUUUGGGAAAUGAACUGCAGAGUAUUAUGUGAACAUUCCUUCUCUAGAUGUGACCAUGAAAAAGCUAUGAAGAGCUGGAAGGCAAAAACUACUUGAACGAUGUCAAAUAAAGCCACACAGGAAAUGUUUGUUUGAAUGAUGCUGAUGUACAGCUGGAUUAUUAUGUUAUUUUCAAUGUUCUUCUAAUCAGCUGUACCAAGGAGCCCUAUCGAGGGUGGCUAGUUUGCGCUCAGAAUCAUUUCAGUCAUUGCACUCACAUAUCCCACGUUUCCAUUGCGUCGGGAUAUCGCUUUAAGGAAUGUGAUGAUCGUGAAUGGCCAUUGACUUUAUCCUCUCACAUAACUUCUAAUUUAACCCAGGAAGCACUGGGUUCCUAAUGCUGUAGGGAAAAUCAUAAUGAUCAGUUCUGGCCUUUCCUCUACUCUGCCUUAAGAUAACCUGUAAAUAUUUUCAUGUGCAGACAAUAAGUUAUUUGAGUUACAAGAUUGAUGAAUUAUGAUGGUGAGGAUUUUUUGUAUGGAGUAAAGUUGGUGAUCACUUGCCAUUUUUGUAUUUGAUUUUUAUUCAAAUAACCAUUUUCUGAAGAGAAAUGAAGUACUCAAACAUCAGGAUGAUAGAAGGACAAUUCCAAAUCCAAACAUUUGUGGCCUUAAAUAGUUAAUAUGUACUUUUUCAUUGAAAAUCUGCAUCUUUAUGAAAAUGCUAAAUCUGUCCUUAAAACACACGGUGCCUGUUAGUCUCUUUUGUUUUUCUUCUAAUCAAAAACUAUAUGAAUGAUAUGCAAAGUACAGUAUUUAUUAAAGGUACUGUUAAAGAAGACAUAUAUCCAGUAGAGUACAUAUUUGCACUUUUUUAUGUCUUUUGCAUGGCCAACUUAUCAGGAAGAUUUUGGGUGACUAAAAGGAUUUUAUAUAUAAUUGAGCCUGAUAUGGGUUCAUAGUUUUAUGCAGUUCUGCCUAUGCUGAGUGUAAUUUGAGAAUCUCUGUUUGUAAAGUCUGGUAGCAAAGAGUUGGAUGCUGUGUCCAGAGGGCCAUCACUUGUCAAGAUCAUCUGUUGCUGUCCACAGUGUCUGCUGAAGCUAACUGAGCCCCUCUCCUCCAUUCUGAGGAUUUUUACAAGCAAAAUGACCAAAUUCUUCCAUGUUUCUUUUUUCUGAAGGGUUGAUUUAGGUUUUUGUAAUCAGGUCUGUUGGGUUCUGUAAUAUCUCAUCUAUUGAGCGGUUGGGGAGUUUUACCAGGAAACACUAUAGGUUUAUGCAACUCUACAGAAAGCAACAAACUUUCUUCCACUGAAAAUGUUUAAUAUGUUUUCUAUUUCAUACAAUGACUCGAUUGUACUUACAUUUUAUGAAUGACAAUAAAGAUUUAAUUUCCA